GGUGUUGAAGGAGUCCUUCAAUGCGUGGUAUAAAUAAACUUGCACAACAACAACAACAACAACAGGGAGUGGAUGGGAGGAGUGAACUCCGGACCGCGAGCACGAAAAACACGUUCCGCUGCUCCCUCCGAUCCGGUCCGUCGGCCGGCUCUCUGCGCCGGCCGGCAGCAGCUCGCUGCUCCCGGAGCCAGCGGCGCAUUCCGGGUGCCAACACCAGAAGGGAGAGGAGUUCUCCGGGGAUGGCUGCAGCCGAGAGAACCGCCGAGGUGAGCCGGCUGGAGAGGAGCAGCCACACGGCGUUCAUCGCGGGCGGCACGCUGUACGCGUGGGGGGGUUACCAGGUGGCCGGUAGAGAGGACGUCCUGUUGCCCACUGAUGAGAUAUGGCUCUUUGACUUGGACAGCGGCUCGUGGGAGCGGAGGGAGAUCUCCGGGGACGCACCGCCGGCCGGCUUCUGCGGCUCUCACGUGAACGGCGCGCUGUACGUCUUGGCGGGAUGCGAACCCGUCGGGUACGCCAACGAGAUGUUCAGCGUUGACCUCGCCGAGCAGAGGUCAAGGAGGUACUCGUGGAAGAAGGUGACAGACACCAAGGGGGCGACGCCGUCGCCGCGAAACCAGCACUCGUGCUGGGUUCACCGAGACCGAUUAAUCUUCUUUGGUGGAUAUGGAUGUAAGACCGUACGGGAGGUACGAAACACGUCAACGUCGAACUUCGUUGUGGAAGAGAUGUCCUGGACAACAAUUGGAAACGCAUUAUUUCGGUGCUGGGGCUGGAACAAUGAAGUGUGUGUUUUCGACACCCGCACGGCGACGUGGAGCUCGCCAGAGACUCAGGGUCCCGCGCCUGCCCCCAGAGGCUGCCAUGCCAGCGCCCUGCUGGGGAACAAAGGUUACGUCUCCGGCGGCGUGGAAAAGGCCGAGUUGGACAUGUUCUGCUUGGACCUUGAAACCUGGACCUGGACUCAAUUCGACCUCUCCCCGUCCUGUGCGCCUCUGGGACGCUCCAUGUUCACCAUGACGCCCACUUCGGAUCACGCCCUCUUCGUGUACGGCGGCCUCGGCACCGACGGAAACACCCUCAAUGACGCCUGGCAGUUUAACACGCAGAAGACGGAGUGGAACAAGAUGGCGAACCCUCACGAAGACAAGCCCAGAGUGUGUCACACGGCGUGUCUGGGACGUGACGACGACGUCGUCGUGUUCGGGGGAAGCAGCAACAUGCGCUUCCUCAUGGACUCGGUGACCAUUCUGAGGGCUCCGUCACAAAACCACUGCAGAGACGUGUUCGUGUUUCAGACUCAGCCGUACGCCCUCUUCAGAUUGUGUGAAGACCUCAUAGGAAGAAACCCGGAGCGCUUCGGGAAGCAUCUGAGCUGUCUGCCAUCAAAGGUACACAAAAAAAUCAACAAGCGAGUUGCCUUCUUCUCCGACACGAAGCCCCUUCUCUCCGCUUGAAGAGGACCCUUUUUUUUUUUUUUU